GUCCGGAUGUUCCCCAGUAGCGAAUAACGAGCAGCAGUGUGUGAAUGUGGCAACCGAGGUAGACAGGGAGGGGUAGAUAGACUGACCAGACCAGGGUUUUUUGUCUUUUUUCUUUAUUUUUCUUUUCUUACAGAGCCAAGUGUUUACAGUUUAUGUGACGCCACGGUUGUAAACUUGUUUGUAGACGUGAAAGCCCGGCUGCUUUUCUUUGGGACUAACCGUUAACCGUUGUGAAAACAGCCCAGAAUAAAGAAGGAAAGGGAGAAACAACAUGGGGCGAUAAUUUAAAAAAAAAAAAGGUGUUGUGUUAUGAACCGACGAUGACUCUCUGGGAGGAUCCGUGAAGCUUAUUUAUUUUUAUUUAUUCCCCUCUUCCCUUUCCCUUGUGUCCUUCUUUUGUUGUUUUAUUUUUGAAUUUUCUCCCCCCUUGCUACUUUGGGAGGUUAUUUUUUUUUUAAAGGAAAAGGCAACGGGUUACGUUACAAGAGGACUGAAGGAUGGACCAAGCCGGCAUCCUGAGAAAGUUUAUCCAGGGGGUGAAGGCCAUGAGCGAGGGGGACGAGGAGAGGGGAGAGGACAACUUCGGCAGCGACUUUAUGCGGUUACGGCGGUUAUCGACUAAAUACCGCACGGAGAAGAUCUACCCCACCAACGUAGGAGAGAAGGAGGAAAAUGUCAAGAAGAACCGAUAUAAAGAUAUACUGCCAUUUGAUCACACUAGGGUGAAGCUGAUGUUAAAAACGACCAAUCAGGACUCUGAUUACGUCAAUGCUAACUUCAUCAAGGGUAUGGAUGGCCCCGAGGCGUAUAUUGCAACUCAGGGCCCACUGCAGAACACUGUCAUCGACUUCUGGAGGAUGAACUGGGAGUACAACGUAGCUGUUAUUGUGAUGGCAUGUCGAGAGUUUGAGAUGGGAAGGAAAAAGUGUGAGCGGUAUUUUCCGCCGUUCGGGGAGGAGCCCAUGAGUUUUGGCCCUUUCAGAAUCUCCUGUGAGUCAGAGCAGGCCAGGACGGACUACUUUAUCAGGACUUUGACGGUGGAGAAUGAAAAUGAAACUCGGAGGCUAACACAGUUCCAUUAUAUGAACUGGCCGGAUCACGACGUCCCCUCAUCAUUUGACUCCAUACUGGAUAUGAUCGCACUAAUGAGAGAGUACCAAGAGAAUGAUGACGUCCCUAUAUGUGUGCACUGCAGUGCAGGCUGUGGGAGGACGGGUGCUAUCUGUGCUAUCGACUACACAUGGAACCUCCUCAAAGCUGGGAAAAUACCAGAAGAUUUUAAUGUUUUUCGGUUGAUCCAAGAGAUGAGGACGCAACGACACUCUGCCGUUCAGACCAAGGAGCAGUACGAGUUAGUUCAUAGAGCGAUCGCCCAGCUCUUUGAGAAACAACUGCAGCUACUGGAGGGCCUCGCCAACACGCAGAUACACGAUGGCAUGGAUGAAAGCAGUCCAGAGAAAGCAAGCCACCAGUCAGAUGAUGAGAGAUGGGACACACCACCUCCAAAACCUCCCCGCAUACGCAGUUCCCAGGCAGAAGGUGAUGUGAAGGAGGAGAUACUCCAGCCCCCGGAGCCUCACCCCGUACCCCCCAUUCUGACCCCUUCUCCCCCUUCAGCCUUCCCCACCGUCACCAACGUACGGCAGGACAAUGACCGCUACCACCCCAAACCUGUCAUACACGUCCUGGCUACGCAGAAUAAGGACACGGACCAGCAGCAGAAAACGUCAGAGGCCGGUCCAAACAAGCAGACCAGUCCCGCCGAGCAGAAAGACCAAAGUCUACUAGGUGGAAAACAGCAGACCCAGGUCUCAAAUCUAGAUCUCAACGACAACUAUAACAACAAAUCGACAUCGACAAAAUCGGAAUCGGGCCAAACUCAGACUCCCUCCUCGCCGCUCUCCCCAGCUGUUGAAUGUUCUGGUGUUCCUCGCAUCGAGAGGAAGCUGAGCAUUGAGAUUAAAAAGGUGCCGUUACAGGAAGGACCUCGUAGUUUUGACACUUCCUCCUCCAUGGGAGUAGCAGGCGGAAUAGGCAGCAGUUCAGCCAAUAGCGCAGUAGUGCUGCAGAGAACCCACGCCUUCAAAGCCCGUUCUGGCCAAUCCCUGCUGACGUCUAGCUCCUCGCUGUCGGAGGACUCGGGCACGGAGGGAGGAGCAGGUGGAUGUGGGGAGAGUCAUACAGACGGAAGCGUCCUCGCCAGACCAAACCACCUCCCCGUGAAGAGUGAGAAGGGGGAGACGCACGGAGGGGAGAAAUUGGAGGUGAAAGCCGGCCAUGCAGCGUGGGCUCAGACCUGCAGCAGCCCUGACAAACAGUUCCCCAAAACCGCGUCCUCGUCUUCCUCCUCAGACCGCGUCGCUCCAUCCUCAUCCUCCUCCUCCCACCUCUCCUCCUCCUCUUCCUCCUCCUCCUCCACUCCCGUUAGGACUGCCCUGAGCUUCACCAACCCCCUGCACUCCGAUAACUCGGACGAGGAGGGGGAUGGCGAGAUGUCCGGAGGAAAGGAGGGUUAUCGUACUAAUGUAUCCACGGCGACGGCCAUGGUAACCGCAUCCCCUCACCACGGCGAGCAGCAGCCGGUCCGGAAGGUGUUGCCCAUGUCGAUCGCAGGGCAGAGCUCUCCGUCAACCACAGCAAACUGCUGGGACAGCGAUGACUCCCCUCCCCCCCUCCCUGCGAGGACCCCUGAGUCCUUCCUGCUGGCCACAGACCCUCUGGACGGGAAAACGUCAGCCUCGGCUGAAUGGAGCGGUUCAAAUAAAGAUGUGUCAGAGUGUGUUAAGAAGACAUCUCCAGCUGACCCUGCAUCUGCUGGCACCACGGCAACAGACAGCAAGGCAGACCUGGGUGGGGUUCGGUAACCGCUGCAUUCAGCCCAAAGGCCCCCGGAAACCCCCCCUGGAGUGGACAUGAUGGAACGUUCCAUCUGCCCGUCCACCUACAGUGUCCUCCCUUGUCAGGAGAUGGACUCUACCGAUCUCAUCUGGCUGGUCCAAAAACCUAGUUGAUAGAUGCUACACAGACAGACGGCACACUUCUACAUAGAAACACCUUCUGUGCACCUCCUCCUCCUCCUCCUCCUCUUCCUCCUCCUCAGUCCCUCCUUCAAAGUGCCAUUGUGCAAAGCAGAAGAACACUUACUGGUCAAGUGGCUUGUUCAUGUUUUCCUGUUCAGCUUGCUGAUGUUAGAGGUUUUCGCUGCUCUAGACGCUGACCUGGGAUCACUCGUGUUAUUUUCCUGUUAAUGGUUAAAGAAUAAUUCCUGUUUUUUGUGACUUGGGAGUACGUUUAAAAAAAAAAGAAGAA